AUGGUUUGGCGGAUGUUUGCGUUCGCGAAGCUCGAGGAGAUGAUGAUUCGCCGGCUGCUGGACAGCCCGUUGUUCCAUCGAGGCGUGGGGAAAAUCCACGACAAAGUGCAGAGAAUCAGACAUGGGACUCCUUCCGAGGACUUGAGGGUAACUCACAAGGAAAAUGAGAAUGGCCAUGGUGCCGGCAAGUUCUUCGAGUAUUUCAAGGAAGAAAUCAGAGAUCAAGUGAGGUGGAAACCGCGCGACAAACCUUGA